CUUCGUCUUUGUUGUUUCGUACAACUUCAUUUUUGUUGGUCAAAGCAGUUUCAUACAACUUAAAAGUGAAAAACACAGAUAGGUUCAAUGUGUUGGGAUGGAGUAGGACAUCGUCAAAGCAACAACCUGGGACUGGAAGUUGGGGGAAACUGUUGGUUGCCACAUUGCCACCAAAUAUAGGUGUAAGGCAACCGACGGAUAGCCUGGUUCUGGUGAAGAUAUGUGUACGCCUGAAUGCACAUCGUUGUUGCUAUGAAAUGGGCGUUGAGUUGAUCCUUUAGACUGCUAAAUUUAAACCAACCAAGAAAAACAAAAGGGGAUGUUUCCUCCUCUGUCGGGUGUUGUCUAUGCACGUUCUGCUUCCCCUUUCCAAAAUUCCCAGGCCUACAAUUCCUCAUUUCUCGUCCUUCUACUGCUCCUUUCAAGAAGAAAAGACCUGAAAUGGGAUGUGGGAGAUCGAAAGUUGGGAUUGAUGACGGGGAUCGUUUGGUGCCUUCGGGGAUCCGUCCCCUGCUUCGACAUCGGAUACGCAAUAACAUUAGGAUCAGGAAACGACGGAGUGAACACUGCUCCACCCUCUCCACAAUGCAGCUCCUUCCCAAGGGUUGCUUAGAAUCCUCGGAGGAAACUUCUUCCCCCGAUUCUUCACAUACCGACACUCAUGAUCAUCAUCAUCAUGCGGUAGAAGAUAAGAUGGUAGCUGAAGCCAAUUACCACGACAAUGUUGCGAACGUGAAUGGCGUCAACAUUUCAAGUACAACAUUAACGAGUAGUGAAGAAGAAGACAUGACAGAAGACAAGAUGGUGGUGGAGGCAGUGACUGCAGCCAUAGAGGAGGCCAUCUUGGUGGAGGCGGAGGUGGAGCUGGAGGAGGAUGAUUACAUCAUUGAGGUACUUGAAGAAGAAAGAGGAAGUCUCAUCGGCUAUGCAGAGCUCGAUGCCUAUCCUGGCUCUCCAAGUUUUCGAAUCUACUGUAUCUCGUCAAUAUCGGAAGAUGACAUUGAGCAAUCUAAGGAUGAAGAAAAGGAUAAGGACACAACAUCUCAGGGCGGUGAUGGUAAUGCUAAGGAGACUUCAAUCAACAGUAUCAGCGAGGAGGGCGGAGGCACGGGUGGCAAGGGCAAGAGGAGGAACAAGAUGAAGAAGGUUGUGGCAAUAAGAGGCAGGAAAAGGGGGUCAUCAGGGACGGGGAGGCAACAGAGGAAAGUGAUUGGGAAGAAAGUGGGGUCGGGAGGGAUGAGUGUGAAGCAGUUCUUGUCAUUGAACGUUAGAUGCUGCUACAUCCCGACUUGCGCCACCACACAAAUUGAUCAUAGCACUCGUCUCCUUCCCAAGAAUCCCAACACAGCACCCCCACAUCCUUCUUGAUCUUCUUAUACAUGUUCUCCGUUUUGUCACACAUUAUUGUUUCCACAGGGAGGGAAACGCGUUGCACCUCCUGUAGAACCACUUACAUUAACGUUUCCUGUUCAAUAUUUACCAUGUAGAUGCAUGAUCUGCGUGCAUAUGUAUAGGCACCAGGUAGACCCACCCACCACCAGAAAAAGAAAAAAGGCCACAGCCGGCAGUCAAGCUCAUCCCAAGCCCAAGCAUAAUCUCUAGGGACAGCAGAAUUCCAAUUGGCGGAAGGCCUUUUCACCGGCGUCUUUGUACAGUCCUCCUUUCACUAUAUGCCGAGUAUUUACCAGGAAAAGAAAUGCCACAGCAUGAUUUUGUGAUGUUUAGUAGUAUAUGGUUAACUGGGGGAGAACUUUAAGUCAGUGAGGUAGACUUAAUUUCAUUUGUGGAUUGAAAUAUUACAUUGAUCAAACUGACAUAUUAGCAUUUGAA